GUUUAUGGUUUCCCUGGGAGCGUUAUAAACAUUCAAGCUGUUGAGUGGGUACUAUACAAUUAUAUUAGGCAGACACCUCGAUUACCAGAAAACAUCGUACUUCGUAGCUAUCGAAAUUAAGUUACACCUGAACGAACAGGGCGAUGAGUGCCCAUGUCAGUGAUGUGAAGGUUUUCAUUCGGACCAGACCCACUGCCAAUUUUGCGAAAGACCUUAUUCAGUAUUUACCAGAUGGACAGACAGUAAACAUCCAUCUCAGGAAAGGCUCUCGGAAGCGGGUUGUGAAUAACCAGCUGUGCUCCUGGUCAUUCCGGAUGGACCGGGUCUUCCACGAUGUGUCCCAGGAGGAGAUUUAUGCCAGUGUAGCCCACAGCGUGGUGUUGGGGGCACUGGAUGGUUACAAUGGCAACAUCAUGUGUUUUGGCCAAACCGGGGCAGGCAAGACCUACACCAUGACUGGAGCCACCAAGAACUACAAGGAAAGAGGGAUCAUUCCCAGGGCCUUACAGGAGGUGUUCAGGGAAGUGGAGAAGCGCACAAACCACGCCAUCUCUGUGUACCUGUCCUUCCUGGAGAUCUACAAUGAGACACUGGUGGACCUGCUCUCCUCUGUCCCACUUGAGGAGAGCGCAGCGCUUGGAGGCAUGUCCAUUGUGGAAGAGGCUGGGGGUGGUGUGUUUGUGCGAGGACUGUCUCUACACCAGGUUCACAGCGAGGAGGAGGCCCUGAAUUUACUCUUUGAGGGGGAUAUGAACCGGAUCAUAGGAGCUCACACCCUGAAUAGGAACUCGUCUAGAUCUCACUGCAUCCUUUCAAUCCACAUCGAGUCUCGCUCACGAACACUAUCAGAAGCCAAGUAUCUCACCUCCAAGCUGAGCCUGGUGGACUUGGCUGGCUCAGAGAGAUUAGGCAAAACUGGCUCAGAGGGCCAGUUGCUCAAAGAGGCUACUUAUAUCAACAAGUCUCUGUCCUUCCUGGAGCAGGCCAUCCUGGCUCUAGCAGACCGGCGCCGCGAACAUGUGCCUUUCAGGCAGAGCAAGCUAACACAUGCCCUCAAGGACUGUCUGGGGGGAAACUGCAACACGGUGCUGAUGGCAAACAUCUACGGGGAGGCUGCUCAGAUAGAGGAGACGUUGUCCACGCUGCGUUUCGCAGGUAGGAUGAAACGUGUGCAGACGGAGCCGGCCAUCAACGAGCAUGUUGAUCCUGUGAUCCAGGUGAGGAAGCUGCAGAAGGAGGUCGAGCUGCUGAAGCAGGAGCUUUUCAUCCAUGACUCCCUGGCCAAUCGGAUGGGGGUGUCUUAUGACACACUGACGGACAGGCAGGUGGCAGAAAUUCAGCGUCAAGUCCGGCGAUAUCUGGAUGGGACCAGCAAUGAGAUUGACAUCAUAAACAUUAGACAGAUCCAAGAGGUGUUCACGCAGUUCAGACUCGCUCUGCAGCAGCAGGAGCAGAGGUUGAGAUCCCAGCUGACUGAGAAGCAUAGCCUGGUAGAGAAACCUCAGGCCCCAGCUGCUGAAAGCAGCCCCAGGUCCCAGCGUCGAGGACAGAAGGGCCCUGUAGGAGAGGCGGAAGCAGGGGGUUUCGGGGGGGCAGAGAGGCACAAGACCAAACCUAAAAAAGCAAAGGAUGCGAGUGUCGGGAGGAAGGAAGGAGCAGUUAGCCCCGCCUACAGCAAAGAGGCAGACACCGCAGUGCUGGACAGAAGCAACCCCCUCUUGGAGUCCCAGAGGGAUCUCAACUCAGACGAACAGAACCAGGGAUCCCAGGGGAACCUCAGAACAGAUCCCCCUCCCCCAAAAGCAGAGGCCUUCGAGGACUUCAAAGCGGAGCAUGGCAGUGAGAUCGCUCGCAUCCUGAAGGAGAACAAGGCGGUGCUCCGGGAUCGCCAGCGACGACUCAGGGAGUUGACAGAUGGCAUCAACGAGACAAAACGGGAGAUUGACCUCGCCAGUAGCACCCUGCAGCUCCAGCAACAGCGUCAAGCAGGGGCCGUGACCCCCCUAACUCUCCAUGCAGGAAAAUUUGUGACUGUGGAGGGUCAGCCAGUAAUGGAAGAGGAGGAGCUGACGCUGGUACUGAGGCUCCAGGAGCUGAAGGUGCAGUACCGACGGCAACACGAAGAAUUAGGCAGCAGCAGGGCUGAGGUCAACUACUGCCAGCACCUGGUGGACCAGUGCAGGAUCCGUCUACUCAUGGAGUUUGAAAGCUGGUACAACGAGUCCUUCCUGUUUACUGAAGAGGUCCAGGCUGUGCUAAGGGCAGGAGGAUCAAUUCGACCAGGACUGAUCCCAGUAGAAAAGGCCUUAAGUCUGGAGAAUGACAAGCAGGAGCCCUUUGAGCACCUCCGUCGUGAGCUGCUGGCAGACGAACCUGGGGCCCUUCCCUACUACACAGCGCACAACAGGGUGCUGCAGAGGGUAGGUCACCCCACGGGCGCAACCUGCGCACUUCUUGUCUCUCCCAGGCACUCAACAGACUGUCCCCUCCCAUCCACACAGCAAACCUACAGCAGGACCACAAUUCCAACAGUGCUACAGAUGAGGAAUUUGGGAGCCAGAGGAGAACGAGGCAGCCAGUCUAUGACCUAAAAGGGGUGCCAGUCAAGACACAGUGUGGAAGUAUUUCACAAUUUUCGUAGUUGAACGUGGACAAACACGUAAAUCUGACUCCAUGUGUAACUGGCAUGAUCUUACGUUGUGUUAACUGAAUGCACUGCAACUCAAGACUCCUAAUCGAGCUGGUUUAUUCUGUGAAAAGAUGAACACUGCAAUCACAGCACUGUGCGCUUGCGCGGGAAGUUCCAAAAUGAGCAAGUAUAGCAAUAUCAAUUACAGUGUAAAUAUGUACCUGUGAAAAGAUAAACACUGCAAUCACGGCACUCUUCUGGAAAUACAAAAACACUCACUUUACCACACACACACACAACUUGGUGGCUGGCUACUUGUCUAGCAACAUAGCCUACGGGCCGAGGUUCACAGAAUAGAUAUAAUGGAUAUACAGUUGUUCAACCUCACAAAACUUUGUCCAUAUUUAAACUCGUCCAGGUACAUAUACUUUAAUAUAACAAAAUUGUCGACAAAAGUAAGCAAUUUUCUAAAAUGAGACACAAUUAUAAGCAUAACCUACCGCUUGCGCAGGCAGUUCCAAACUGAGGAAAACAUAAAGUGCGUCGUUUUCUUAAAGGCAACUGCCCAGAUAUUUUAAAGUUACAGAACACAAAACCAAAAUGCGCACACAUACAUACAGCUCUGACACAGUGGCAAGUGGAAAUAUUUAUUAUCCAUGUUACACCUGCAAGACAACUGCAGAAGGCUUUUCUUGUAUCCAUUGUUAGCUAAAUGACACAAAAUGGAUAUAUUUAAAAUAUGCCUAUCUACUUUGGAAUGCAAACCGUAGUGUAUGCAGUUUCUCUGGCCACAUGGUUGUUAAAGAAUGGUUGUAUGUCCUGUUUUAUGUGUCCUUCAUUGAACCUUGAACUUCUGGAAUCUGAUUAACUUUGUUCAUAGCAUAUUAUGAAGUUAAAACUGCUGUCGAAAUACAGUAUAACCUUGGAACUCGAACGCCUCAACCAACUUGUUCCUGCUAAAACUUGUACGGGAAUUUUCAUCGUAAUUUUUUAGGCCAGGUGUGUUAACGCAAAUGGACGUUAAACAGGGGACACCUGUAUUAGGUUUUAUAUUGAUUAAUGCUUUUUAUUGGUAGGUAGAUGCAUUUAAAUAGGCAAUCGUUUGGGGGUCUGGAAUGGAUUAAAUUCAUUUGCAUUAUUUCUUAUGGGGAAAAUCAACUUGGAACUCAACCAAAUCACAACUCGACCAGCCUUCUGGAAAUGAAUUGUGUUCCAAGGUACCACUGUAUAAACCUGAUUAGUGUCGGCUAAGGCAUCUUUCAUCUAAUUUAGUGGCUCUCAAAUUUUGGUAAGUAGUGCACUCCCAGGUGGUACCAAAGAAAAGAUUGGUCAAUUUCUUUCUGCAAUUCAGGUUACUGUGAUCUCUCCCCAUGUGGUACUUGCCUGCUUUGGUUUCAUCAUAAGUGAUAUUUGGACCAAAAUGUUUGAGAUCCACUGAUGUGAUAGCUGUACUGCAAUAAACAUUGGUGCAAGAAUCACA